UGUUGUUUCAUGUCUUCUCAGAUUCACUCUGAAGAGUUUCUGCAUGUUUAUACAGAACUGGCCUGUCUACCUGCCCACAAACUUCCUAGAACCAACACCAGCACCAGCUUUCGAAUCUCUGCAUCACCCACACGGGGGCAAGGCAGACAGCACACAGGAUGAACAACAUUACGGAAUGUUCUGUGGUCCUAGUCAAUCAGACCCUGGCCAGUCACAACCAAACAGCCUGGCCAUGUGGGUCUUCUUCAACAUCCCAAGCAAGUCCCACUUCAUCAUCUACCUGAAGAACAUUGUGGUAGCUGAUGUGCUGAUGACUCUUACAUUCCCCUUCAAGAUUCUCUCAGACUCCAACUUGGCAUCCACACCGCUGAGAGUCUUCGUCUGCCGCAUCUCCUCUGUGGUAUUCUACCUCACCAUGUACAUCAGCAUCCUCUUCUUUGGCCUCAUCAGUGUGGACCGCUGUCGCAAGACCCUCCGGCCCUUCACUGGCACCAACGCCACUGGCCUGACCCAACGCAAGCUCCUCUCAGGGGCCAUCUGGGGCUCCCUGUUCGCCCUCUGCCUCCCCAACAUGAUCCUAACCAGCCUUGCCCCCACAUCCCCCAACUUCAAGUGUAGUGACCUAAAAACUGACCUGGGGCUCACGUGGCACGAGGUGGUCAACUACGUGUGCCAGAUCAUCUUUUGGGGAAACCUGGUCACUGUGGUGCUGUGCUACACCCUCAUCACUAAAGAGCUAUACAGCUCACUGUCCCGCACCCAGGUGGAGCGUGGCAGAAGGACAGGACCGAGGAAGAAGAGGGUGAGGGGGAACGUCUUCCUGGUGCUGGCUGUGUUCUUUAUCUGCUUCGUGCCCUUCCACUUCGCCCGCGUGCCCUACACCAUGAGCCAGACCCGGGACAUGUUCGACUGUGGGCUCAAGCUCUUCCUGUUUCAGCUAAAGGAGAGCACGCUCUGGCUGUCCUCCAUCAAUUCCCUCCUGGAUCCACUCAUCUACUUCUUCCUCUGCAAGUCCUUCAGGACAUCCCUCUUCAGUACCCUUCACCUGUCCCCCAGGCGCUGCUGGGCGCUGCACAGGAAGCGGGCUUUUAUGGACACAAGCAGCAGUCCGGUAGAGAUGUCCUCCUCUCCACGGUAG